AAUUAGUCCUUAGCCAAAUUGAGUUAAUCAGCUGAAAAUAUCAAGAUAGAGUCGGUCUAAAGUCUCCUUAAAAAGGGACCAAAACCGAGCUCCUUGAGUUAACCAACAAAAGACCAAAAAUUUCAGGAUUUCUCUCUAAGUUUCUCUUGGUAUUUCUUCACCUUGGAAGGCAACCAAAGGCUACUUUUUGAGUUCUUGAAUUAGGCCUACACCUUGGGAGUUAAGGUACAGAAGCUAAUAAACCUCCCUAGUAAGAGUACAGGAUAUCAACCGCAGUCACUGAGCUCCAGUAAGUAUGCCAGAGACAAGGAAGAGUAAAGGUAAAGGAAAGGAAGUAGAAGUGGUAGUUGGUAUACCCAACCGGGCGAGGCAACAAAGUGAGGCUCUAGAUGAGUCUCUAUCACAGACCUCUCCAACCCCUCCAUCUGUUGAUGUACCAGGAAGGAGUGAAAAUCCCCCAAAACCACCUGUUGAUGCUUCUGUGCAGGAUUUGAGAAAUGCAGUUCAACUGUUGACUCGUAUAGUUGCUGGCCAAGGUCAAAGACAAGAAGGCCCAGUUGCAGGUGCAGUUGGUGCAGGUAGGGCAGCCAGUACGAGAAUACGUGAUUUCCUUAACUUAGACCCUCCAUCAUUCACUGGAUCAGAUCCAAAUGAAGAUCCACAGGAUUUUAUUGAUCAGAUCCAACGCACCUUAGGUGUUAUGCAUGUGAGUGGUUCAGAAGCUACUGAGUUGGCAAUAUAUAGAUUGAAGGGUGUGGCUAUAUUGUGGUACGAAGCUUGGAAGCAGUCCCAAGGCAUAGAUACACCUCCAACUACUUGGGAGGAGUUCAAAAUGGCCUUUCUUGAUCAUUACUUGCCAUUAGAGAUCCGAGAGGCCCGUGCAGAUCAGUUCCUGAACCUCCAUCAGGGGAAUAUGAGCGUGAGGGAAUAUAGUCUUAAAUUUAAUUCUCUGGCCAGGUACGCUCCUAAUGUUGUUGCUACUAUGGCAGAUAGAGUCCAUCGGUAUGUGGAUAGGUUGGAUUCAUAUUUGGUUAGAGAUUGUACCAUUGCUUCUUUGAAUAAAGACAUGGAUAUAGCGAGGAUGCAAGCUUUUGCGCAGAAACUGGAGGACCAGAGACAAAGAAGGAGGGCACAAGAGAUAGAAAGGGGGCAAUCCAAGAGGGCCAGAUCUACAGGACAGUUUACACCACCCCAGGGUGAGUUUAGGCCACGAUUUUCUAACAGGCCACCCAGGCCAUCAUCCUCUUACUCUACAGCUAGUACUCCACCACAACUUCAAGGGUCUAGAAAUGAUCAAUUUGGGCAGAGAAGUGAGGGCCAAGGUACACGGACAACAAGAUAUUCGGGAAGCCAGCAAAUGCCUCCUAGGCAGCCUUGCAGACAAUGUGGGAGAUAUCAUAUAGGUGCGUGUCGCAUGGGAACAGAUGUUUGUUAUUGGUGUGGUAUGCCAGGGCAUGUAAUAAAAGAUUGCCCAAGAAGACGCAGGGGUGAUAUGGCACAACCUACUGGAUCAGCUAUUGCAUCAUCAUCAUCAGUGCCUCCAUCAGGUAGAGGUGAGCAAUUUCCUAUAGGUCGCGGCAGAGGUAUUAGAGGGGCAGCUAGUUCCAGCGUGGCCCAAAAUCGCACAUAUGCUCUAGGGACUCGACAGAACCUGGAAGCUUCACCCGAUGUGGUUAUAGGUACAGAAGCUAAUAAACCUCCCUAGUAAGAGUACAGGAUAUCAACCGCAGUCACUGAGCUCCAGGUUGCUUCGGGGCUUUGAGUCUUACCAUAUCUUUUUGCAUUGUAUAGUAUCUUAUCAUGAGGCGGGGCCUGUCCCGACCCUUAUAAGAUAAUGUUUCCUGUUUAGAGGCUUUGUAGACUACGUAAAGUAUAGUAUGGUCAUGUAUCGUAUCGUAGACAUUGUGGCUCCAACGGCCUAGUCAUAUAAUAUCUUUUGGCUUGCUAGUCC